CGGCGGCAGUGGUGGAAGAGGCGGCGGCGGCGGCGUCGGGGAGCCUGGGAACGCGAGCGGGGAUGGUAGGUGAUUUGGACCCGCCGGGCCGCCGUCGUUUCCAGAAAGGGUUUGACUGGAGGAACCUCUGGAGCAGCUGUUGGCUGGCUCCUCUGGCUGAUGGCAUGUUGAAACACAUGGGCCAGAGGCAGCGAGGGCAUCUGAUCCAGGGGGGGCCGCUCUAGGGGCCAGGCCGCAAGCAUCAUGGGCCAGUGUGUCACCAAAUGCAAGAAUCCCUCAUCCACCCUGGGCAGUAAGAAUGGAGACCGUGACCCCACCAAGUCACACAGCAGGCGGGGUGCCGGCCACCGCGAGGAACAGCCACCAGCCUGUGGCAAGCCAGGUGGGGACAUCCUUGUCAAUGGGACCAAGAAGGCAGAGGGUGCCACUGAGGCCUGCCAGCUUCCAACGUCCUCAGGAGACGCGGGGAGGGAGACCAAGUCCAAUGCCGAGGAGUCUUCCUUGCAGAGGUUGGAAGAAUUGUUCAGGCGCUACAAGGACGAGCGGGAGGAUGCAAUCUUGGAGGAAGGCAUGGAGCGCUUUUGCAAUGACCUGUGUGUCGACCCCACGGAAUUUCGAGUGCUGCUCUUGGCUUGGAAGUUCCAGGCUGCUACCAUGUGCAAAUUCACCAGGAAGGAGUUUUUUGAUGGCUGCAAAGCAAUAAGUGCGGACAGCAUCGAUGGGAUCUGCGCCCGUUUCCCUAGCCUCUUAACCGAAGCCAAGCAAGAGGAUAAAUUCAAGGAUCUCUACCGGUUUACAUUUCAGUUUGGCCUGGACUCUGAAGAAGGGCAGCGGUCACUGCAUCGAGAGAUAGCCAUCGCCCUGUGGAAACUCGUCUUCACCCAGAACAACCCUCCAGUGUUGGACCAGUGGCUAAACUUCCUCACAGAGAACCCCUCGGGGAUCAAGGGCAUCUCCCGGGACACUUGGAACAUGUUCCUUAACUUCACUCAGGUGAUUGGCCCUGACCUCAGCAACUACAGCGAAGACGAGGCCUGGCCAAGCCUCUUUGAUACCUUUGUGGAGUGGGAGAUGGAGCGGAGGAAAAGAGAAGGGGAGAGGCGAGGCGCGCUCAGCUCAGGGCCCGAGGGCUUGUGUCCCGAGGAGCAGACUUAGGUGGCUCUGUCCCCGGGGCGGCAGCCAGGGUCUGCCCGCUGCCCCGCAGCCUAAAGAGGAAUUGGACCUUUCUGGAAAUUACUGAAGAUCCGGAUAUUUUCUACUUUACACCUUUCUCUGCCUUGUAUCUGAAAGGGCUCUAAAAUGCUGUAUCAUGUUUUAGGCACUUUCUUCACUUUUUUUGGUUAUUUUGUUUAUUUCUUUUGGCGGGAGGGGGGGAAAUGUCACCCCAAAUAUUUUGACCCUGGCUAUAUGUUGUGUAUCUUUUUUUUUUUUUUUUGGAAGCCUUCAGAUAGACUACGCCUGCCAUUUCUUGCACAAAUUAGACCUUUAUUUUUUUUUCUUUAUUUUAUUUUAUUUUUUUUUUUUUGGUGGGGGAGGGUGUAGGGCAGGGAGGGAGGAAUGGGAUCUUAGGUUGAAUUAACAUUACAAAAUGAUACAGUGCCAGAUCUCAGUUUGCAUAUUGUUUUUCAGGGCAGGUCUGUACUGUGUAGUGCUGUUUACAUGGUUGAAUUUAGGUUGCGAUGAUUAUUUAAAAAGAUUUACACAGAGUUGAAUAGCAGUGUUAGCUGUUAACCACAUUGCAUUAAUUUCCAGGCGAUUUGAAGCUCUCGGGUAGCUGAGGCCAGCCAAGAGCAUUUGAGUCUGGUGACAACCCCCUUUUAAGCUAAUUUAUCUGAACCCCCUGUUCUCUUCACUUCUUGCUCAUUCCUCCUUUGACCUGUAGCAUUUCGUGUUGAGUUUCUCCAUCACCACGUUGCACCUGUCAGUCAAGUGAGCAGUUGGCGUCGAACAUUGUCCUUAACAACCACUUACGCGCUGAAUGCAGAGAAAGCAGUGCUACCUCAGUUUUGCUGGAAGUAGACUUUGAUCAUUUUCUUUCUUUGAUGAAUUUCCCGUAUUUUCAUGUUGUAAGUGGAAAUACUUUUUUUUUUUUCCUUUUUAAUUUGCCUUGGAGCCAAAGUUUCUGUUCCUAGUGGUCGGAAAACUGUUCGCCGACCAACUGACUUGAAGGAAAACUGUGGUCUGGAGCUCUGCUUGAAUUUGUUUUAUUGUUAUUUUUCCUCCCCUUUGAGUUAUCAUCGGCUUACUUGUCUGGCAAGUGCAGAAGCCUGGGGCUGGCCUGAACUCUGCCAAACAAAUAUAGGCGUGUAUUUAAUAGUUAAGUGUGUGCCCUUCCCCUUCUUGCUGCCCCCGUGUUGUCACUUAACCCCCAGGAGUUAUUUAUUAUCUUCUUUGUUCAUGUCAGGCUCAUUCGGGGUAAUGUGAUGACGGUUUAGGUUUACAUGACCCUCUUUGAUCCCCUACCCCCAAAUAUGUAUCUAUACAUAUAUAAGAUAUGUAUAUAUUUUACAUCUAUAAAAUAUAUAUAUACACAUAUAUGUAUAUUCUUUGUUUCCUUGCUAAAACUGGCCGUCAGAGAGGGCGCUGCCUUCAGUACCUAGAGUCCAAGUGCCAGGGAACGUCGGAACGGAGGUUUUUGCGUCUGUUGGACCUUUUUUCGAUGGUAGACAUGAAUUUUCACUCCUGCCUUCAGCACAGGGAGGCCCAGUUGCCCAGUCUCCUCCACGUGUCCACUCCGCAAGGCCAGCGUGGGCCAGGCUGCCACAGGGGAGUCCCUCCCGCCUGGCGUCGGUUGCCCUCUUCCUAUUUUUUUUUCCAUUUAAAAAAAUAUAUCCUCAAAAGUUGUGUUUGAAGGGUGGGUGGCAGGAACUUGUACAGAAGUUUAGCUUCUAACACCUGGGAGCAGACUGAAAAGGGAUUAUUUAAAAUAAAAACCUAAACUAUAUUUAUAUCCUGGAGGUAAUGAACAUGUGUCUACUAAAAUUUGGUGUUUUCUUCCCUAACUACCCACCCUCUCUCCCAGGGUACAAUUCGCAACCUGGGCAGGAACCGCUUUUACUUUGAAUUCAUUCACCGAUCGUGGCUACAGGCUCCCAUUGUUACACAGUUGAUUAUUUUAAGGAGUUUCUGAUGUCUUUCUAAAAGACAUGUACAUAGGGAUUUGGCUUUUUAUUAUUAUUUUUUAAUUAAUUUAUUUUUUUCAUCUUAAAUCUGACCAUUCGUAGGCAGAUGGGAAACUUGAAAUCAGCCCCAGGUUAGGGCUGUCCUCCCAAGCCAGAUGUUUGACUUUGUCCUAUAGAUGUGUAGAGUGUUUUUCUCUGGACCCGAACAUCUCCGUGGGGUACCCAGAUGGUAGUUUCCCUUCUCUCACCAGCCUGACCUCAGCUCCCCAAGUGUAGGUCUGGUGGAAGUUGGGGCGGAGGGGAAAGGCGGGCUGACCGCAGCCGGGCUCCGCUCUUAGUUCCAGAUGGGAAAGGUGUGUGGAGGGUGAGGUGUGGAGGUGCCUGCGGGCUCUGGAAGAACCGGGCCCUUCCCCGGCCCUGGGUGGCUGAUGGGCCGCGCGUAGGCUGGCUGGGUUUUCUUUCCUAAUUAAUAUUCAGCUUUCCACCUCCCAGUCCCCACAAAAGAGCCAUUUAAAAAUUUUUUUAUAUUUUUUUAUGAUCUAUUUUGUUACAAAAAUUACAAAGGAGAAGCCAGAAAAGGAAGCCAAGAGGGAUCCAUAGGCCCUCCCAGGCUUCGGGUCCCUGAGGUAAGGACUUCGCCCUUUGAGGCACCUCUGGGCCAACGUUUGACUGUCCGGUGACCAUAGCAGGAAGAGCUGUCACCCUGCAGAGGGAUUCCCGGCGGGGUGGCCGUGGUCUGCAGCUACGCCUACGGGGAAAUAAAACGCCCGGGUUCCUCUUAGCCAAGAGACAGGUUCGCUGCUCUCUGAGGGAGCGAUGAGUGUGUGGAAUGGCCCGAUGGUGUGUUCAUCAGGUAAGCUAGCCCACCCUUGACUUCAGCUCUCCACCAGCGUGCUGUGGCGAGAGGCAGGGGCCGGGUAUCACCUAGAAAACGGAGAAUCCCAAGGACGACUACUAGCGUGGGCACUGGGGGCAUCCUGGGGUUUGGGCAAAUGAUUUUUUGCUGUCGGCUUCUGUGGCAUUUCUUCAGCAGCUGAUUCGGAAGCUCUGCGAGAUAAAGCGUUGCUUCACGGGAGUGCUCUUUCUUUCCCCAUCCCUGCCAGAUCUUGAAUGUAUCCUUCUUAACGCCACCGUCAGUCACCCUCCGCUUGGCUUCAGCUGGUCAUGUUAGGCGUUCCCCGUCACCCCUGCGAGGUGUGCCCGAGUCUAAAGAGAAACCUAGAGCUGGGUGGAGAAUCUGAUCUCAGCUCAACCCCCAAGGCCCAAGUAAAUUCAGCCCCAAAAUGUCUAAGGCAGUGUUUUAAAUACUAACAUCUCCCAAGGAAGGCCAGCCUAGCCUCACGGGGAAGAGAGGAUGGAGCCACGCAGUAUUCUUGUCUUUGAAACAGUACUUUUCUCUUGGGCUGGUGCCAAGAUGCAGCCCCUGAGGACUGGAGCCUGCAGGGCACGCGGGGGGGUGGAGGGGGUUUCCACACCCCAUGCCAUGGCCUCUCAAAGGCUAUAUUUUGCCAAAUUGUGCUCAACAGUGGUGGGAAAUUACUGGAGAAUGACUCGGGUCCAAAAGAAGUUUUAAAACCAAAAGCAUCUCUAUUUUUAGGAGUUCGGUGUACCACAUUUAAUUCUUCAGUGCAAUGAAGCCCCAGAGCCUGACCCAAUUAUACAAUUCUAAGGGCUGGUUUGUUUUGAAGUUGCCUACUUCACCAUUUUCGUCUCGAAUAUUUGGUUAGUAAUGACUUGAACAUUUUGGUGACUGGCAGAGUUCUUGGGGGACUCGGGAAAAACCUGGGUAACUGUCAAAGGUCUUCCUAAAAGGGAACUUCCGCAGCGUUUUGCUCAAACAGCUGAAAGUACUCUGAAAAGUACUCAAGGGUGUUGACUGGGGCGAAUCCCAUGGCAAGGUCCUCUCCUAUCACCGUUCGCUUCCUGAAUCAGACAGGGGCACCCGCCCUGCCCCCACCCUCCCUUACGAGAUUGAGGGCAAACCCUACCAUCUCAACCACUUUCACCCAAAGCCGGAUUGUGUUUGAAGACCAAUCGGUGUUUUUCUUUAUGGAGAGACAAAAUCGUGGCUUGAGCGCUUGGGUGCCCAAAGCCACGAUGGUUCAGAGAGCUUGGAGGAACUACCCAUUUCUGUUUCCAAGUCAGGUGCUGGGGGUCAUAUUCUUCUUGGAAAUUCCACCUGCUGUCAAAGAGAACCUGCCUCCCACCACUCCUUGCUACUUUCAACGCAAACCUUGGAUAUUGCCAAAGGAAAGCCGUUCAGCUGCUGCUGUGGGUUUUUCCCCCUCUCCCCCCAAAAAAACCACAUUUAUCCCAUGAGAAAUGUCUUCCCUCUGGCCAUGGUCCCUGCCUCCAAGUCUGUGAUUAAUUGCUCUUACCUGUUGCACUAAUGAACAUGAUUCUGGGUUUCUAAGGGGGAAUGUGAAGCAAUAGGCAAACAGGGCCUGGGUGGAUGAGUCCUGCAGAUCCCCUGCCUUAACCCGCCGAGGUGAUGAGUCCACUGCUCAUGUGACCCUCCACCUUUGUGGAUUCCUCUUGGUUUGUGACCAGUGUGUCUGUUUCUUUUGAGGUUGUACAAACUUGUUGACAAAAGUCAAAGCUUUUGUUUGUAUUCUCUGCACUGUUGCACUCUCCAAAUGGCCCCUUGAAUAUUUUUAACUUGUUAUACACAUUUUGUCUUUGAUGUCUACAUGAUUUCUUUCCUUUGGUUUUUUUUUUUUAAUUUGAAAGGUUACCUGCUGUUGGAUUUAAUAAAUUUGUUUACUUGACGAUUGACAAUUCUGGAAAAAAAGAAAAA